CCGCGGGGAACCGGCGAAGGCGUAGACGAGGCCCGGAGGCGUCCGCAGCUGCUGCCGGCCUCGGCCGGGCGCGGAGAGGCAGCGCGUUGCUAGGCAGCCGCGUCGGGCCAGCGGGGCGGGGCGGGCCUGCGGCGGCGCGGGCAUGGACCAGUACUGCAUCCUGGGCCGCAUCGGGGAGGGCGCGCACGGUGUCGUCUUUAAGGCCAAGCACGUGGAGACUGGAGAGAUCGUGGCGCUCAAGAAGGUGGCUCUGCGGCGGCUGGAGGAUGGCAUCCCCAACCAGGCCCUGCGGGAGAUCAAGGCCCUGCAGGAGAUCGAGGACAAUCAGCACGUGGUGCAGCUGAAGGCUGUGUUCCCGCACGGUGCAGGCUUUGUGCUGGCCUUCGAGUUCAUGCUGUCAGAUCUGGCCGAGGUGGUGCGCCACGCCCAGAGGCCGCUGGUCCAGGCACAGGUCAAGAGCUACCUGCAGAUGCUGCUCAAGGGUGUCGCAUUCUGCCACGCCAACAACAUCGUGCAUCGGGACCUGAAACCGGCCAACCUGCUCAUCAGUGCCUCAGGCCAGCUCAAGAUAGCGGACUUUGGCCUGGCCCGGGUCUUUUCCCCAGAUGGCAGCCGCCUUUACACUCACCAGGUGGCCACCAGGUGGUACCGAGCCCCUGAGCUCCUGUAUGGUGCCCGCCAAUAUGACCAGGGCGUUGACCUGUGGGCUGUGGGCUGCAUCCUGGGGGAGUUGCUGAACGGAUCCCCUCUCUUUCCUGGGGAGAACGAUAUUGAACAGCUUUGCUGUGUGCUUCGAGUCUUGGGCACCCCCAGUCCUCAAGUCUGGCCGGAGGUCACGGAGCUGCCCGACUACAGCAAGAUUUCCUUCACGGAGCAGGCGCCCGUGCCGCUGGUGGAGGUGCUGCCUGACGCGUCUCCUCAAGCUUUGGACCUGCUGGGGCAGUUCCUCCUCUACCCUCCACGCCAGCGCAUCUCAGCCUCCCAGGCCCUCCUGCACCAGUACUUCUUCACGGCUCCCCUGCCUGCCCACCCCUCGGAGCUGCCGAUUCCCCAGCGCCCAGGGGGACCUGCCCCCAAGGCCCACCCAGGGCCCCCCCACGUCCAUGACUUCCAUGUGGACCGGCCUCUUGAAGAGUCGCUGUUGAACCCGGAGCUGAUUCGGCCCUUCAUCCCAGAGGGCUGAGACGCUGGGCUAGCCCUGCUGUCCUGCUCCCCAGAGCCCCCCAGGCUUCUUGUUCUUCUGCUUAGCCUGACUCAACCUCCCAUGGCCUCUACCCAGCCAUACUUGUCCCCCACUCCAUGCCUGGUCCUGCUCUCAGCCAGGUGAUGAGGACGUCCAGCUCCAGCAGAGGAGACCUGCAGCUUGCACUGUCGGCUUCCCAUCUGUGUGUUGCUGACUUACCCAUCAGAGGGAGAGAGUGGGCUCCGGGGUUGGGCCUGCCAUGGUCCUGGUUCUCCAGGCCCUGCCUUCCUGGUCAGGGAUGGUCCUGGUAGAGCCAUCUAGGGGAGUGCAGAGUGUAAGAUGUCCUCACACUGAAACACAAGUGGGAGGGCAGGUUUGUUUUGGUUUGGUUUUCAGAGGCAUUAAAAGCUAGUUCAGUUUCGAGAUUUCUAUGAAAAGCCCGGGUAGUCCUGCCUGGUGUCUGCCCCUCUUCCAUUCCUGUUGGGGGAAGUGGCAUUGAUUCCUGGCUUCUGCUUCUCUCUGGUCACCAGGGAAGUGGACCCAGGCAUGGCUAUUCUGGUCCUGGGGGCUUCAGACAGUGAGGUGGCGGAAGUCAAGCCCAGGGCUGGCUCAGGUUGGGGACCUAUCAGGUUUAAGUCGGUUUACCAACAUCUCUACCCUCAGGAUAAGGGUGAGCCAGGACCAGAUGUGUCACCUCCUUACUCAGAUAAAGAGCAAGUGAGGAGACAGGCAUUCCUGGAACUCAUGUCUUAAUUUAGUAAAUCCAAAUACAAGCAAAA